AUGGUGAGACGCAUCCAGCUCGACCAGGGUUGGGAAUUCAAGCAAACGACAUCUUUGGGCGACGGAGCAGCUCAGGAUUUUCUGCCCGUGUCACAGUUUCCCACCGUCUCCUAUCUCGACUUACUGCAUCAUAAUCUUAUUCCGGACCCGUAUCUUGACCAGAAUGAGCUCAAGACGCUUUGGGUCAAUCAUGCAGACUGGACGUACCGCACCACAUCGGUGGGGCCAUUCACCAUCGACCAAGACGAGAAGGCAAUCCUAGUCUUCGAGGGUCUGGAUACGACAGUAGAAGUCUUCCUUGGUGGAAAGCACAUCCUGUCCAGCAAGAAUAUGCAUGUUUACCACCGCGUUGACAUCACAGACCUCUUCCAGCAAGGAAAAUUGCCACGAUCUACGCUCGAGCUCAGAUUCACCAGUGCAAUCACGUCAUCGCGAAAGGAACGAGAUCGCAUAGGAUACAAGCGCGACCCGAAUAUGACUGGUGGCAAUGACGAGCGAUUAUUUCUCAGGAAAGCUCAGUAUCAUUGGGGCUGGGACUGGGGUCCAACCGUGCAGCCAUGUGGGCCAUGGAAACCAAUCUUUCUGGAGACAUUUCAAAUGAGGAUUGCCAAAGAUAAAGUCUUGGUCACUCGUAACGUUGUGCCAGAUCUCAAGUCCGCCACAAUCUCAGUGGAAGGCUUCAUAGAUCAUCCUCGAGAGGGUACCGAUUUGACAGCAGAACUGCUAGAUCCUUCUGGCAUCGUCAUUAUUGAACAAGCAACGACUUUCAAUAUUUCGGACGGCUCAUUCAAGGCAAAAUUCACACUCAACAACCCGCAGAUCUGGUAUCCGUUCCACUAUGGAGACCAGCCGCUUUAUCUUCUCCGUAUUAAGCUGGGCGAUGUCGACGUAUUUGAGCAGACGGUGGGCCUGCGUCGAGUGCGCCUGCUUCAGCACCCGCUCAAAGAUGCCGUAGGCACGUCUUUUGUGUUCGAAAUAAACAAUAUUCGCAUGUUCUGUGGUGGAUCAUGCUGGAUACCGGGCGACUUUCUUCUCCCGCGAAUGACCCGUGAGCGCUACGAAGGCUGGAUAUCGACGCUCAAGCGAGGAAAUCAAUCCAUGGUUCGGGCUUGGGGCGGUGGAAUCAUGGAAGACGAUUGCUUCUAUGAUAUCUGUGAUCGUGAGGGAAUCCUAAUCUGGCAAGACUUUCUCUUUGCAUGUGGAAACUAUCCGGCCUCGCCGGACUUUGUCGAGAAUGUCCGGAACGAGGCAGAGCAGCAGGUGAUUCGGGUUGGGCAUCAUCCAUCGCUAGUGAUCUGGGCAGGGAAUAAUGAAGAUUAUCAACUCGCAAACCAAGGAAGCUGGAUAUGGGACCCUACGGACGAUGGACCAUGGGAUGACACGACCUUCCCGGCUCGACUGAUAUACGAACGUACGCUACCAGAUGUCAUUGAGCGGCUGGGUCGGGAUGUGCCAUAUGUUCGCAGCAGCCCAUACGGCGGGGCAGAGAACGCCAAUGAUCCAACCAUAGGAGAUGUCCACAUCUGGGACGUAUGGCAUGGCCCUAUGGCUCCAUAUCAGAAUUACAAGGAGUUCAUGGGGCGAUUUGUUAGUGAAUUCGGCUUUGAGUCUGCACCUUCUCUUCGCACUAUAAAUAUGGCCAUUACUGAUCCACGAGAACGCUUCUCCCAAUCCCGUACGUGGAUGUCACACGACAAGGCACCGGGUCACACCCGACGGUAUGGGAUGUAUAUGUCAGAAAAUUUCCGUUUUGUCAUGGAGCCCCUCGGUGCCUAUGUGUACUGUACGCAGUUCUUGCAAGCAGAGGCUAUGUCGUAUGCCUACAACCUGUGGCGACGCGAGUUUCGGGGUCCCGGAGAGGAAAACUGCAGUGGAGCCUUGGUCUGGCAGACGAAUGACAUCUGGCCUUGUAUGAGCUGGGCUAUUGUAGAUGUUGACCUGAGACCAAAGGCAGCUUGGUAUGUUGUGAAACGAGCAUUGCAGAAAGUCACAGUCGGUGUGGAAAGGGUGAUCACCAAAAAGUAUUCGGAGGUGAUAAAUUAUGAUCCCCUGAAAAGAGCAUGUGAGAUCUGGGCAGUGAAUAGCAACACUAGCGAGCUCAAAGUGACCUUGAAGUUGGUUGCUUUUGACAUUGAGACCGGGAAGCCUGUGCCUCUACCUCACAGCGAGGUCGAGCGCAGAUUGACUCUUGCACCAAAUCGUUCAACCGAUCUGUGUCGCGUCGAUAUCCCGCAGUCAGAAACUACUGUCCUCGUGGCUUUUCUGAAUGAUUCCGGAACGGGUUCAAACCUAGCACGUUGGGUGUCGUGGCCGGAGCCGUACAAAUACUUGCGAUUCCGGCCUGAUUUGAAAGUGGAAGCACAGGCGCAGGGAGACGACAAGAUGCUGUUGCGGGCAAACGCGCCCGUCAAGGGCGUUAUGCUAGAAGUGCCAAUGGAGGAAGGAGAAGACGCAGUAUGGGAAGACAACUUUGUGGAUUUAGUACCUGGUGAGACGGUAGUUGUUGGUGUCAAAGGUCUCUGCGGAAGGACUGUGAAGCCACGCUGGCUCUGCGAUUGGGAGCAAACUGAUACGUGA